AUGUACCACCUUCUCAAGUCCAUAUACCUGCAUGCGACGAGCAAAGAAGAAUACUCGGUCCUGCUCCUCGGCCUUGACAAUGCUGGCAAAACAACUCUCCUCGAGCAAAUAAAAGGCACAUAUACUUCGUCCAACGCCAACCUCCGCACCGUGCCCACUGUGGGCCAAAACGUCGCUACCAUCGCCCUUCCACCGCCAAACCCGCCCAUCUACCUCAAGAUAUGGGACGUUGGUGGUCAGCAUAGCCUCCGCGGCCUAUGGCAAUCUUAUUAUAGCAGCUGCCAUGCCAUUGUUUUUGUUAUCGACAGCAGCGAUGUAGGAAACGCGACGCUAGCGGAUCUGAGCGCGAGCAAUGCGGCGAGCAAUGAGGAUAUAGGCAGACUGGAUGAGUGCAAGCUUGUCUUGGAGAGUGUAUUGGCGAAUGAAGAAGCGAGUGGUGUGCCUAUACUUAUUCUGGCGAAUAAGCAAGAUAGAGAAGAUUGUGUGGAGGUGGUUAGGAUCAAGGAGGGGUUCGUGCGGAGGGUGUUUGAGGGCGAGAAGGGAGGCAAUAUGAGGGAUAGCCGAGUGUUGCCCUGUAGUGCGCUUACGGGUACGGGUGUGCAAGAGGCAGUUGAGUGGUUGUGCAGCAGGAUGGCUUUUAACAAAGAGGCGAGGCCGCCGGUUAUGCGGUAG